AUGGCGGUCAACGCGCCGUCGCCCUCGCCCGCGCCGUCGCCGUCGCCGGGUGCCACGCUCUCCGCCGUGAUCGCCGAGGACCGGCGGCGGGAGGCGGCCCGCCGCCGCCCGGGGGCGCUCGGGCAGGGCGGCCUCCUGCCGCUCCUCGUCCCGGCGUGCGGCCGCCCGGCCGGGCAGGCCGGCGGCAGGACGCCGCACUCGCAGCUCAUGCUCCGCCUCCACCGCUGGGGCUCCUCGUUCCUGCCCAAGGGCGGCUCCGCCGUCUCGCGCGAGCUCGAGGCCGCCCGCCGCGCGCCGAGCCCGCCGCCGGUCGCAACGGCGGCCGCCGCGGGCCAGGUGGUGCCGCCGCGCCACGAGGACGAGGAGCCCGCCGCGAGCGCGAGUGUCCCCGAGAGGAGGCCUUUGAGGGAGAGAGAGGAGCCCGCGGCCCGCGCGCCGGGGGCGGGAUCGAAAGCCAUUGCCGCCGGAGCGGAAACGUCCGCCGGCGGCGAGAGCGCCGGGAGCGCCGAGCGCGCCACGUCGAUCGCUCCCGUCAAAAGAGAAGGCACCUGGCUCAAGGUUUCGCCCAACACCUCGGUGAGAUCCCUGUCGCUGCAGACGGACACCAGCGACGAGUCCCCUCAGUCCCAAUCCGACUCUCCAGCGUUGGCGGCCGACACGUUCGUGUGGGCGAACAAGUACCGGCCCAGUGUCCUCAACGACUUCAUCUGCAACAAGGCCGUCGCCGCCGAGCUCUACCAGUUGGCUGUUGCACACCAAUGCAAACAUUUCAUAUUUGAAGGGCCGACAGGAGCUGGCAAGAGAAGCAUGGUGCUGGCACUUAUAAGGGAUGGUUUUGGUUCUCAUGAUCUCAAGAUAGAGGAACAGACAAAGAGAUUUGAGCUGAAGGGGGAAAUUAGAAAGCACAUCGAUGUCAGAGUGAAGAUUUCAGGACAUCAUGUGGAGGUAAACUUGGCCGAUUUACAUGGGUAUGAGAAGUAUGUCAUAACUACUUUGUUGAAUGAAUCCAUCCCAUCAACAAACUCGGUCUGUGACCAUACUAACUGCAGAGUGGUGGUUAUUCAUGACGCUGAUAAGCUCUCGUCCGAUCUUCAGCAUUAUAUUGGUUGGUUUUUGGGGAGGUAUGCAGGGUGUAACAAGGUCAUUUUCUGCUGCUCUGAUGCUUCUAACCUUGAAGCUUUCAAACAUCUCUGCAAGGUCGUGACUCUUCAGCCACCUUCAUUUGACGAGAUAAUAAAGGUUCUAGAGUACAUUGCAACGCAAGAGAGCAUUGAUUUGCCUCGUGAUCUUGCUAGGAGAAUAACAGUCAGCGCAAGCAAUAAUCUCCAACAGGCAAUACGCUCUUUUGAAGCUACUUCCAAGGCAAACUACCCAUUUGUAGACGACCAAGUUAUUUUGACAGGAUGGGAAGAGGAAAUCUCUAAUGUGGCCAGAAAUAUCAUGGAAGAACCAAAUUCAAAGCAACUAUUUGUUAUCCGGGGAAAGAUCAGAAAAUUGAUUGAACAUAGUGUGUCACCUCAUUUCAUUUUCUCGCACUUGGUCGCUGAAUUGAAAAGGGACAAGGAUGAAGAGUUUCAGCAUAGUAUUGAUGAACUGGCCUUGGACGUGAAACAUGCAAGAUUGGUGGCAUCUCCUGUGAUUUGUAAACAAUGCAAGCUUAUAAAAGACCAGUGCAAAGGAUGCAAAUCUCCAGAGGCAGAUUUGAAAAUGAGAAACAUGAACAUAGAAGGUUUUACCGAGAAUGUUCAUGACCAUGGUGAAAGCAUCCAAUGCUUUAUAAAGAUUGAAGCAGAAUUCACUGUGAGGUUCCUGAGCUUCUACAGAUCCUUCUUAAUAGCAAAGAAGUCGAAUAGUGGUGGUGCUCAAUGAAGAAUGCCUCAUUGCUUUGAUCGCCAAAGCCACUCGUGGAAGGUCUGUCGUACUGCUGGUACCUAAAUAAGGUGCGACUCGUCUUUGGAUAAUCAAAGCACUUCAAGAAUGAUAUCGUGGUCUUAUGUCUACAACUCUACAUCCUGUAAAAUUGACCUGUAUAUGAUCUCGUCUGUUUGCAUUUAUAAUACAUACAUUUCCACAUAUAUUGCUACCAUUAUAUGAUAAUAUCCGAAAAUACCCUGUGCCCAUAUGGGCAGGCGUUUUCCCUUC